AUGGUACAUGCAGAUAUGGAUAAGGACCUGAAUUCAAAGUUGAUGAACAAUAUUGAUUCGUCACCUUUCAGGUUGAAUGAUCAGGAACGGGAAGCUAGUAGUGAAUUAAGUUCACCAAAUAGUCAUCGCUUCUAUCUGACGCCAAGGAAGGGAAACACACGUAACGAUGAUGACAUUGACAGUAUUUACGAUUCUGUUGCUGAACAGGACAGUUCCCUUGUUGACGAUAUUCUCUCUAGUAGGAAGGUAUCUCUGCGUCAAAUGAACAGGAAGCUUUCGAUGAGUUCGCCAACUCAUGGAGGAGUCAGACAGGGAAUGCAAAAGUCUCAAAAUCAAUUGAAACAGGACUCGAGAAGGAACAAGAUAAGAGAGAGAAGACAAGUCAGCAAUCGUGGUGGGAUUGAAUCAAUGGAGAAGUUCAUCAUGGAAAGUGAAAGGUCUCAUGAACUCGAACAGUUGAAACAGAUUGCCCAAGAAAACGUAGUUUCUGAAACAUUCUUGGAAGAUAUAGAAAGAGAAUCCAAAGAAGAUGAAUCCGAUGAUGAAUUGAUAGAACUUCUACAAAGUCAAGGACAUUGGGAACAAGAAUUAGAAUAUCUUUUAAAAGACUUAUCGAUCACGUGA